AGGUCGACUUCUUUUGGAUAAAUCGUGACCAGCAUUCAUUUGAAUGGUUCUUGAGUCUCCUGAACCAGCUGGAGGUGGAGCAAUCGGAGCGUGAAGGAGUAUUUAACGACCAUUUUCUCGACAUGCAUAUUUACAUGACAUCGGCUUUGAGAAAAGAAGACAUGAAAGCCGUUGGCUUACAACUGGCACUUGAACUUAUUCACAACAAGAAGGAGAAAGAUUUGAUUACAGGUUUGAAGACAAGAACAAAUCCUGGUAGACCAGAUUGGGACAAGGUGAGAUGUGGUAAAAACAAUCAGAACAUAUGAAACAUAUGUAACGGUUAUUGGAGAUUCAUGACACAAACGUAGUAGUAUGUGCAUGGACAAUAGGCAAUUCCUGCUUUUAGUUUACGCAUGCAGGGAGGGAUUGGAAGUAAGGUAUAAUAUUGCUGAUUAUGCUGAAAAAAUAAAACUGGUAGCCGUGUAAACACGGAGUGAUGGCUUAUACUUAUAAAUAUUGAAAUAUUUCGGUUGUUUCGGCAGUUUUAUUGAAUUUUUUAGCAUAAUGAGCAAUAUGAUACCUUACUUCCCAUCACCCCCUGCGCGCAUGAAUUAAAAGCUGGAAUUGCCUAUUGCAGGUUCGUGAAUACUUGACCUAGUGGAAAACCUUUCCGUGGUAAUCAAUUCAAAUACAAUGUGAAACCCGGCAGACGGUCUUUCCCCUCCUUCGCGUUGCCCGUUUUUAGGUGUUCAGCGUAGGGCUGACCGUCUGCCACACAGGCUAACUUGACUGCCGCUUUAAUCAUUAUGGGAGUUGGUGAAAAUUAAUUUUACACUUUAUUUUUAAACUGAUACAAAGUCAGUUACUGUUUUAAGGUAGGACAAUUUAAGGUUCUAGCGACGUCUCGUUGGCUCAACAAUGGACUAAACUAGAAAUACAUGCAUGCAGAAACCCGUCCCAUGCAUUGCUAGCAAAAGCGCUAUAUUUUCCAAACAUGAAGUAUUUGAACUGGUUGUUAUGGUAACAUGAUCACUGUAUUCUUUUUGCAUAUUUUUUUAUAUUUACGACUUACAAAAUUAUCAAUUUCCAAAAUGGAUACAAUAUGUAUGUUAUUAUAUGCGUAACAUAAACUUCAAUUUAAUGUAAAAUUCAAUUACCACGUGCGCUUCGCAAGACGUUUUAAAAAGUCAUAAAACUAAACUGCCUUUCAUUGAUAUACUUUGAGUUUUAAAUAAGAACGAUUAUGAAAUUCUCUGAUGAAAAUAACUUUGCUUUCCCUUUAUUUUAAUAUUUUUAAUAAUCUAAAUUAAUAAAAAGGGAAAUCAUACACUUAAUACGUUAUCUUUUUAAUUAAUAAUACGCAACAUCAUUUUUUUAAAGCAAACGAUACAUCGAUCUUAAAAGUAAACCUACCAUAGGUUUUACGAUUUCCGCCUGCAAUCAAUUGGCUCUGAUAUUUCGUAAAAAGGAAAAUAAAUAAACUGUUUGGCUGCACGUCCCAUUAAACGAUUAUUCGGAUUUCUCGUUGAUGGUCUUCUUUAGUUCAAAUCCACUCAUUCAACUGACCCAUUCCUGAAAUUCGCCAUACUUUUGAGAUCAGUGGGAGGUCUACCAAUGAAACAUGAACUUUAGACUUCACUAAUGCUUUCUUUUUCCCGCGUGUAAAUAACAGAGCGGAAUUAGUUCCCUCGCCUCGAGUAUUAUACUUCAAUAUUGAUGCUAAAAUGUACAUGUAAGUUUAUGUCACGAAUCUUCAAUAAUAACCCUGCAUAUGCAUGCACGUUUUACUUUUCCGUUUUCUUCACUAUAAAGUUCCGAGAGAAGAGAAAUCCCAUGCAGCCAAAUGCAACUUCUUAUUUUCAAAUUGGAAUUCUCAACCAAAGGCAACUUUUUAUAUUCAAAAAGUCUACAAAACCAGUCCAGCACUAGCUCUAAAUUAGUUCACAUCUUCAAAUUAAGUUAGUUGGGUGACAGCUACAUGAGGGGGGCAUUCCUACAUGAAAAACAUAGAAAGUAGUGCUACAUUUUUCAUAUUAUAAUUGCAUACUUCAACCAACUUUUUCAUGCAGUAUUGUUGAUAACGUUGCUUAUACACGGCAUUCAGGAAGCCAACAAUCAUGCAGCAUUCAGUAAAAAUUUUGCAGUCUUUAUCUACUAAAUUGGCAGUAAAAUUUUGUUGCUAUUUAUCUAUCACGUAUCAUUACUUUUCAGGUAUUCCGUGACCUGCAGCAGCAGAAGAAUGGGAAAAUCUCCGUGUUUUAUUGUGGAAAUCCAGCUCUUGGGAAAACGUUAAAAGCAUAUUGCCAGGAGUUUGGCUUUAGAUUUAGGCAAGAAAACUUUUAAGAUGUCGAACAUAUAUCGCUAUAACUCUAUGCAUAAAAGCUUAUCUAUAUCAUUUAUUCGUAUAAUUGAGCUAGUAGAUAUAUAGUUUAGUAUUUUUGUCCAUUCUCCUUUUACCUCGUAUUUUGAACUUUCUCAGUAUUUUCAUAUGUACUUUCUAUAGCCUAAUAAACGAAAAACUGUUGCUGUAUACAUUGAACAGCCUACAUGCAAAACUCAUGUUGGCAUGUAUAUUUUAAAUUUAACUGACUUAAUCUGUGAUCAUGCCACAUAGCAUUAGGCGCUGGUACAAUUUUGAUGUACGUCAUGAUAGUUGACAUGUUGAUGUUAUAUUGAUUAAAAUAAAC